CGUCGCCCGUCCAGGUCUCCAUCUACGUAGAUGUCAUCCCCCGUCCCGGCCAAGCAGCAUCGGAGAAACCGAUGGAUGUGGCCUAUGAUAUCACGCGUUUGCCAGAGGUGAUCCCGCACCUCUCCCCCGUCCAGGUCCCCUUCCUACCCAAUCCAACCAAUCAGGUCCCCAAACCCACCGGAGGAAACAAGGCUUCCGCCGCCGCCGCCCCCAGUGGCUAGCUCUCCGACGGAGUGAAAGGCGCGCAGAAACCCCUCGCCGCCGCCGAUUCGCCGGCGACUUCAGCAGCAGCUCCCCGCCCAAUCACCCCCCCGAAUCCUCGUACCGGUCGAGCGAAUUCGCGGCGGAGAUGAUCCGGCUACAGACCUACGCGGCGUUGAGGCGACGACGGCCGCCGCGUACCACGCGUUCAGCACACGGGGCCAGUUCUACCCGGCGAUGGCGCACCUCUCGGCCUCCAAGCCCUGCCUCGUGCUGCUCCUCAACACGGGCCUCGUCGCCAUGUGCGCCGCCUGGCAGCUGGCCAGGCGCGCCUUCCUCGGCCCGCUCCGGGAGGCCGAGGCCGAGCGGCUCAACGAGCAGGCGUGGCGCGAGGCCGUGGAGAUGCUCUUCACCGUCACCAUCUUCCGGCAGGAGUUCUCCGUCGCCUUCCUCGUCAUGGUCGCCGCGCUGCUCCUCGUCAAGGCGCUGCACUGGCUCGCAGAAGCAGGUCGAGUACAUCAAGACCACGCCGUCGGUCGGUCGGUGCCGGUGCUGGCGCACGCCAGGAUCGUCUCCUUCAUGGCGUUCCUUCUCGUUGUGGACUGCCUCUUCCUGUGGAACUCGCUCGGCUCGCUCAUUCACAAGCGGGAGGCAUCUGUUGCAAUCUUCUUUUCCUUUGAAGAUAAAAGGAGCAUAUCAACAUGUGGCUUGCGCCUCCGAUGCCCACCACCACAUCGCUGCCUCAUGUGCUUCACCUGAGUUGCAAUUGUAAGCUGCUGCAAUAGUCACCCGUCCACCGCACACCACAGCCCCCAAGCCAUUUCAACUUCAGAGGACUAAGCAAGCAGUCGAGUGGAGCAAUGACGGCCAAGCGAGCUUAUCGUGCUGUUCUCACCUUCUUGUAGACAACGAGGAUGGAGAUGCAUGGAAAGGCAUUGGAGAUAUCAUGGGAAAGGCGGGCACCCUGGAAGUUCUCGCUGCUGAGUUUGCUAGACUAAUUAUAAGUUUCCCCAUGCAUAAUUUUUCUAGAAAAUCUUUCCAUAUACUAAAGUGUGCUAAAUAUUUUUGAGCAUCUAGAGACCUUGCUACAGGUGGAAACAUAGCCUCCCAUGCAUGCAUUUUCCUUUUCUAAUUACAAUGGCCUUCUCAGAUUUGUUUUGAGAGCAAUGCAGCAUGUGCGUGGACGUGCUCGCCGGCAAUGAUAUGAAGUGCCCCGGCAAGGAAGGCUGUGCCUACAGGCACGCCUGCGAGUUCACGCACUCCGAGGUUGGUCUGGACGAAGUGGCGAGAACGGCAGGCAGGCCUGGUCGACUUACAAUUUGAUUUCAUAGAACACACUGAUGCGUAUGCUUUGAUGGAGUGACUCUGGUGACUCAUCUAGCUAAUUAAUUCAGUUUUGGAGUUUGCAUUAGUCAAGGUAUGUAACCCAGCAGAUUGCUUCAAUUCCUAAUUGACUCUUAUAACUCGGUUCUUUUGCUUGAUUAAGUUCAUCUUCAUAGAAAGAUGGCAUUCUAUAUCAGUCAAGGUGCGAAUGAGCUUUUAUGUUUGUACUACUUCAUGAGUUAUUAUAUGAACUACGACAUGUUUUAGCUGUGAUCACUUCCUACUUUAAUCAAGAAUAAUUUCCCCACUAAUCAAUCUUGGUUUGGUUAGAAGUGGUACUUUGGCAUAGUCCUUUGAUGUUA